GGAGCACGAAAUGAAGACAUGUGCGGGGAUGUAUCGCCGAACUGUUUUGUCUCCCCCUUGACUGUCACAAAAUAUUAUGUGAAAUACAGCUAACACUAGUAAAAUACCUAGGUACUCAUAUCGUUGGCUCACCGUUUCUUACGUGAUGAUACCCUAAUUAAAUACCACUUCUGGCCCCUCCUACUUUGAACAUUUUGAACAUUUCAUACUUCUCUGCUACUUCUUUUAUUCAUAUUUUUGUAUUCUCCUGGUUUCAUCUGAUCUUCUACUAUAUAUCACUACGCACACUGAUCGGCACAACUUCAUCAAGAAAGCCCGUAUAUCUACGACUCCAAGUCUACCACCGCCAAAAUGACCCAACAACCCCACGUCCCCGCCCCCGGCGUCUGGGUCCCCGCCGUGACCUUCUUUGACCCGGCCACCGACCGUCUCGACCUGGCCGCUCAAAAGUCAUACUUCAAAUACCUGUCCACCACGGGACUCACGGGGCUCUUGAUCCUGGGCACCAACGCCGAGGCGCUCCUCCUCACGCGCGACGAGCGGUUCGAGCUGAUCAAAGCCGCGCGGGACGCCGUGGGGCCUUCUUUCCCCCUGAUGGCCGGCGUGAGCGGCCACUCUACGCGGCAAGUGCUCGAAUACUGCGAGGACGCCAAAGCCGCGGGGGCCAACUACGUCCUGGCCCUGCCGGCCGCGUACUUUGGCAAAGCGACCACGCCCGGGGUCGUGCAGCGCUUCUUUGACGACGUCGCGACCGGCUCGCCCCUGCCUGUCUUGAUCUACAAUUUCCCUGCAGUGUGCAACGGUGUCGACUUGGACUCGAGUGCCAUUGCGGCCAUUGCGAAGAAGAAUUCAAAUAUUGUCGGCGUCAAGUUGACGUGCGGUAGUGUCGCAAAGAUUACCCGGCUGGCGGAUACGUUUGCGCCGGACCAGUUCGCCGUGUUUGGCGGCCAGAGCGAUUUCCUGUUUGCGGGCCUCACGGUGGGCUCGGCGGGCUGUAUUGCGGCGUUUGCAAAUGUGUUUCCCAAGUCGCUGGCCAGAAUCUAUAAGCUGUACAAGGAGGGAAAACUGGCGGAGGCGUUGGAGCUUCAGCGCAAAGCGGCGCAUGCGGAGGUCCCGAUUAAAUUGGGCAGCGCGGCGACAAAGUACGCUGCGGCGAUUUACAGCGCAAAGGCGGCGGGUAUUGAAGGCGCAGUGGAGAAAUUGAAGCCCCGCAGACCGUACGAGGGACCGUCGGAGGCGGUCAUGCAGAGCGUGAGAGAUACCAUGGCGGGGUUGGCCGAGGUUGAGGCUGCGUUGUGAAUGAUGUUUGUGUUCUUUCUUUCAAUUUUUUCCCCCCCAUUCUUUCUUUCAUCUUUUUCUUCUGUUUUUUGAGUUUUCAUCUUUUCAUGAUUCCUACAUUUGCCUCUUUUUUUCUAGUUUUAUGUUAUUUUCUCCCCCCCCCUUUUUAGACCUUUUUAUUCUUCUUCCAUUUCCCCAUUGUCUUUUCUACACAACUCGACUGCAAAAACAUGCAUCGCGGCCAGCAUUUGACAGCUCUACAUAAAAGCACCAAUAGACAUCGUCACAUACCUGAGAUAUCUACUUAUUUAUUUACUCUCCUA